AUGGAGACCGCAGUAAAUGAGAACGACCUGCAGAUUCCGGUACGCUACGAAAGUCGGUCCACAUGCGUUUGCUCAGUAGCUAAUAUAAUUCCAAAACAGCUCAUUGACAUUUCAUCCUUCGAGUCGGGAGACUCUGCGACAAAACUCGCAGUCGCCAAAGCCCUCACACAUGGGUUCCAGACAUCUGGCUUUGUGUACCUGAAAAACCACCGUAUCCCGCAAUCCGAAAUCGACAGCCUGUUCUCCACCGCGGCCGCGUUCUUCAACAGACCCCAGCACGAGAAGAAUCAGCUGUCAUGGGGGAUGCAGGGCCGAAGCAGCAGUCCCGGGUACACGGCUUACGGGGGCGAGAAGCUGUCGCAGUCCCUCGACCAGGCGGAAAUUGAUCGGCUGCGGGCAUCGAACCCUGACAUGAAGGAGGCAUUGGACGUGGGCCUCGAAAGAAUAGAGGGCGCCGCGGACAACAAAUGGCCCGGGGAGAUUGACCGGGGCAUUGUGGAGAUGAAGCUUGUGAUCCAAGGCUUUUUCGAAAGGUGCCGACAGACACAGGUCGUCGUCAUGCGGGCCAUUGCGCUGGGCCUAGGCCUAGAGGAAAGGUAUUUUGACGCCCUGGUCGACGAGGCCGACAAUACUUUGCGAUGCCUGCACUAUCCGCCCGCCAGAGCUGAGGUCUUUGAGAGAAGCAAAGACGCUGUCAGGGCCGGAGCGCAUUCAGACUAUGGCGCUCUCACGCUCCUGUUUCAGGACGACCGUGGCGGGUUGCAAAUCUGCUCUCCCAAUGGCCGGUUCGUCGACGCCACACCCGUGCCGGGAACCAUCGUGGUCAACGCUGGAGACCUCCUGUCUCGCUGGGCCAACGACAAGAUCAAAUCCACUGUCCACCGCGUGGUCCAGCCGCCAAUGUCUCCCGAUGCAUUGGUUGGGGAUCUGUAUCCCAGUCGUUACAGCGUGGCAUAUUUCUGUAACCCGAAUUUGGACACGGUGAUUCAGGCUCUGCCCGGAACCUGGGAAGAAACAGGAUUGCAAAAGUAUGAGCCGAUCACGGCAAGAGAGUGGCUGAUGAGACGGCUGAUUCUUUCACACACGAAGCAAGCCACAGCCUUGCCGGUCCAUAUUCAGGCUUGA